AUGUCGGACCACGAUCAUACCCAGGACGCACACCACGACGCCGCCCACGAACUCCACCACCCGUCCCAGCCCGACGUCCUUCCCGGCGGCCCCGGCCCCGAUGGUACCGAAAGCCCCGUCUCCACCCCGAAGGAGCGCUCUUCACUGUCGCUCGACCAGCGCCGCGCCCUUCGCCGUUGGGCCAACGCGCAGACCAUUCGCCCGAGCCACAAGGCCUGCAUCGACUGGUUCUACAACCAGUAUGGCCAGCACAUCUCCCAGUCUACCGUCUCCCACUCUCUGAGUCCAAAGUACUCCCGGCUCGAUGGCGACAACCCCCAGCUGAGCGGCUCGCGCCUGCGCUUCGGCAACUGGCCCGACGUCGAGAAGCUCGUCCUGCGCUGGUACCAGCAGGUCCAGGCCACCGGCCGCCACCCAACCAAUGAAGAGCUGGGCGAGAAGGCCAAGGCCAUCUUCACUGCCCUGCCCCGCUACAAAGAAGAGACGCCCCCGGAGUUCUCCCCCGGUUGGAUCCACCGCUUCAAGAAGCGUUACGGCCUACUUAUCAGGCGUCAGCGCCGGCAUGGUGACGGCGGCAUCAACCCGGCCGAGGACAUCGGUUACCUCGCCGACUGCGUCCCGCGCCUCAUGGCCCUCUCCGCUGAGACUAGCCCCGCCGCCAUCCGUGAGGCCAUCCUCCGAUCCAUCGGCGUUGAGACGAGCUUACAGGUCUGCGCCCUCGUGCGCGACGAGGUCCUCCGCCGUCUUAGCGCCGGCCCCGGUGGUGGGGGCUCUGCGAACCCCAUCUCCCCCUCUGCGGCGGUGCAGACACCCGACCCGCACAGCGCCGACACGAGCAUGGUCCCGCCCCCGGGCAGCGACACCCCCAUGUACGGCGACGAGGAUCCGGAUAUCGUGCUACAGAACGCGCUACGCCAGCUGCAACAGGAGGAGGCCGAGGCCGAGGCCACGGCGGCGGCGGCAAGGGAGGAGCGGGAACAGCGCGAGCGCGCGCAGGGCACCGCGGCCGCCGCCCUCGCGACGCCAGCCAUCCAGAGGGCCACGUCGACGGCCUCGCGGUUCGUGCCCUCGACGCCCGAGCUCAACCUCACGCCCAUUAAGAACGACGACCCAGUGUCCGCUAACGAGCGCCCCUUGCGCUGUCCCUUCUGUGUAAACCAGAGAAUGCUUCGGACCAUCAAAGAGGCCGUCGAACACAUGUCGACUCACGUCGUCGUCUGA